AUGAGCGAAACUAUUGAGAUGAAUACAAAUCCAGAAGUGAUUCUUAAGAAAAGAAAGGAUGCUCGUAAACUUAGAUUAGAGAAAAAGCAGCAAUCUCUGGAGAGAAUUGAAUUGAAACGAAAAUCCAAUAAAUCUCACCGAAAUGGAAAAUUUAUGAGAGCGGAGACAUUGAUAGCUAGACAUAGAGCUAGCGAAAGGGAGGAAUAUAGAGUGGAGAGAGUGAGCAAGUUUGAAAGAGAGUUAAUGGAGAAGGCUGAUAAUAGUAAGGAAGAUGACAAGGAGGAGUCGAAGUUGAUGUUCGUGGUUAGAGUGGAAGGACCCUACGGUGCCAGAAUUCCUGCAAAGUCAGCAUUAGUUCUUCAAUUAUUAAGAUUGUCGAGUAUUGAUAUGGGAACAUUCAUCAAAUUCAACAGCACGGUGAGACCAUUACUCAGAUUGAUCAAUCCUUAUAUAGUUCUUGGAACACCAUCUUUGGCUACAGUGAGAGACUUGAUCCAGAAAAGAGCUACUGUUAGGAUAGAGUUAAGUGAGAAAUCAGAACCUGUUGAUGAUAUGGAAGAAAAUGACGACGGAAAGAUUUCUGUUCCGUUGAAUGAUAAUAAUCUAAUUGAAGAGAAGAUGGGUGAAUACGGAGUGAUCUGCGUCGAGGAUAUUAUACAUGAGAUCGCCACACUUGGCGAGAAUUUCAAGUCGUGCGUGAAAUUUAUGGAACCAUUUCGUUUGAAUCCUCCAGUGAGUGGUUGGAGCCCUCUUAGUAAGCUAAAGAGAAUUGAAUUGAAAGAAGAAAAGGGCCGCAAAGUGAACAACUCUGCCAGGGCACCUUUGUCUGAAGUGGACAUUGACAAGUAUAUCGAACAGCAAAUAUAG